AUGCAGCGUCUCGUGCAGCCGUGGCAAAACAAGCUGCACGCUUGGGUCGAGAAAACGAAGCCAGUCGCGAGCAGUCGGCUCAGCGAGCUGAGCCACAAGUGGAACGACUACUCGGGCUAUACAGAGAUCCAUGCGCUUAAGGAACAGGUGCAGUUGCAGUCCGAUCGACUCACGGAGCUCCAAGAGGAGAAGGAGCACGCCAAGCGCGUGUAUAUUGACGCUGUCGCGGAGCGCUCCGCGCUGCAGCGCAAGGUCAAUGACAUUCUCUCGCGCAAGCCCACGUGGAAUGACAGCGACCUGCUAGAAUAUACCAAGCUCUUGCACUCGGAACACAGCUUUGCUAAAGCGGAAGAAAGCAGUCAACAUGCGUAUGAGCAUGCCGAGCGCGAAAUGCAGCGUGGCUUUGACGAUCUCAUACGCUGCGUCAUGCGCCGGUACCACGAAGAGCACCUGUGGAGCGACCGUGUGCGAAGCGUCAGCACCUGCGUGAGUAUCGGGUUGGGCGUACUCAACGUGCUGAUUUUCAUUCUCGCUCUGUUUCUCGUGGAGCCGUACAAGCGCCGCAAACUUGCGCAGACCCUUGAACGACGCCUGAUUGCAGGCGAAGAGGAGGCACGGGACCGUAUCCACGCGUCUGUCACAUCCGUGGAUGCCCGCCUGGCCCGCUUGGAGCGGCUGCUGUCUGGUCAAGAGGCCCCUGCUACGGCCUCCGCCCCCGCCUCUUCUUCGUGGCGUCUGCCAUCUUGGCUGGCCGCUUGGAUGUCCUACUUGCGUGCUUGGGGCAGGUACUCUCAGCAUCUGUGGGAGCAGGUAAAUCCGUCCCCUGCGCCACAGGGAGGGCAUGUCGCGGCCACGGCGGGCGGGAUUGUCCUGGGGAGCCUCUUUUCGUAUUGGCUCGCCCUCGUCAUAUUCCUAUGA